ACAACAAAUAUGGCUUCAAGCAGCUAGGCGCCGGUCAUGAGCAUCGAGCAUAGUAGCAGCGCCGAGACGAUUCCACGCCACCGGACGGUACGGUGCUGCCAUCUAUGGGGAGGUACCGCAGUCAGCUGAGUGGGGCGGAGUGGUGACCUUGGUCGACACAGGCCGGCCGGCAGUCUCGAUCGAGCGCUGCCGUAGGAGGGCCGCCCGCUCCCUGACGACAUGACCGACACACACGCUGUUGAGAUCGGGGACAGGUGGCAGCCGUUUGACCUCAGCUGCUUCUGCGUCCCUAAGCACUACGAGAAUGACCUGGAGCAAGUGCUCAUUCCCCACGGCAUCAUCCAGGACAGGAUCGAGCGGCUUGCGCGCGACAUCUUCCAAGAGCUCGGCCAGGGGCCCCUGACGGCGCUAUGUGUGCUGAAAGGUGGCUACAAGUUCUUCUCCGACCUCAUGGACAAGAUCAACCAGCUCAACUGCAACCAGGGACAAAAGUCGAUCCCUGUCUCCAUCGACUUCAUCCGGCUCAAGAGCUAUGAGAACGACCAAUCAAGUGGUCUCAUCAAGAUAGUGGGAAGCGACAACUUGUCUUCGUUGAAAGGGCGAAACGUCCUUAUCGUGGAGGACAUUAUUGACACCGGCAGGACAAUGAAGAAGCUGCUGAACACGUUACAGCAGUACGAGCCCAAGUCUGUGCGCGUGGCCAGCCUACUAGUGAAACGCAGGGAGGACAACAAUGGGGACGUCUGCUACAUGCCCGAGUAUGCGGGUUUUAUUGUGCCCGACAAGUUUUUGGUUGGCUAUGCGCUGGACUUCAAUGAAUACUUCAGGGACCUGAACCAUAUUUGUGUCAUCAGUCAAGCUGGGAUGAAGAAGUACCGCAAGUAGCUGCCUUCAUUACUUUACUACUCUAUACCUGCCGAGUGUGUUCCAGUGGGAGACGACAUGAGCAAGCUGAGGACUAUUGUGAUGUCCAAGUUCCUCUCCGGAGAUAUUCGGAAGCCUUACCGGGUAGUCCGAAGUCUGAGCGCAGAACCAUGGCCUUUGUGACGAUCGUGCGGUCUCUGUUGAUGUGUAUGAUGUUCAGGGGCGAUCAGAGGACGGGGCGACUUCACAAAACAUCUUUUGCUGGCCUGCUUUCGCGACCCCUGCGCCGGGGCACCAAAGCGGUGUCCUAUGGACAUACAGCAGCGGCUGAUGUGGGUGUGGUAAAUGUGUUAGUGAUUAUAUCGAUUGCAUUUUACCUCAGCAUCAGAGCACCGUGGCGUUCGAAAACGCCGCGAACAUUCCAAACAUUACCCCAAUCACGGUCGUAGUUCUGUUAAAGAACGCCAUUUUAAACGCAGUGAAGACUCCCGUUGACCUUUUUAGUUUUUAGUAACAAGUACAGGCCACUACAAUAAAUGCGCAUCAUUUUGUUA